AUGAGGUUCUUUACUCUCGGGUUGGGGCUAUUAGUCUUGCUCCCUUUUUUGAAAGUACUCGCUGCGCCAUCCACGUCUUCUAUCAAUAGCGACAUCACGCUUUUGUACUACAACGAUCUCGAUAUAAACACCGUCUCUCAGCACAAGGGAGUAUUACUUUUGACUCCUCGGUCACAACCAGACGCCGAUUCAUCAUGCGCGGGACUUAGCGAGACGUUGCUACCUGUGAACGAGACGUUCUUCACAACAGAGUUGGCGACCUUACUCCAAUAUCAAGUCUACGAAGGCGCAUACAGUGAAAGUCAGCUGUACUGGGUAGAGUCUAAUGCAGCGGCAUGCAAUGCUGUCGAUAGUUUGGGAUACGUGGGCCAGAUUUCUUGCGAAAUUGAGCUGCCCACCCUGUGCAGCCAGAGUUCUGCCUUUGACGCAUCCGCAGACUCGGCGAACUUGCUUACCGUGUACGCGAACGACCUGAUUGUUACGGGAUACCGCGACCAACUCUCGUUUCGCUUUGAAGGAAUCCCUUACGUUGAUCCCCCCGUCCAAUGUGUCCAGGCAGGUGCCCCAGACAGUAGCGAGGAUUGCUUGUUCCUCAAUAUUUGGACUCCAUACAUACCUCUGGAUGCAGCCACUGUCUCCGAGGAAAACCUGAAGCCGGUCAUGUUCUAUAUUCACGGUGGUGCUUUCACGAGUGGAACCGGCGCAGAUCCUUCUCUUGCCGGUGGAAACAUGGUCUCACGAGGGGAUAUUGUCGUCGUCACCAUCAACUAUCGUCUUUCUACACUGGGUUUCCUGGCGUUGGAGGAUGGAAAGACUAACGGAAAUUUCGGCUUGGCAGACCAGAUUGCUGCACUGGAUUGGGUGAGAGAGUAUAUCACUGCCUUUGGUGGUGACCCGAACCGUAUUACGAUUUGCGGUGGAUCCGCCGGCGCGGCGUCGGUGCGUGCGCUUCUCGGGUCUCCAGAGGCGAUUGGGAAAUACGCUGCGGCUAUCCCGAUGAGUAAUCUCGCCGGUUCAGACUAUGCAACGACAUACUCGCUCUACUAUACUAUACCAGAAGAAGUCCAGGCGGCGGUGUACCCGAUCUUGGAGGAGAUUGGCUGCAACAUCACAAACGCUCUGGCGUGUCUCACAGCAUACGACGCGUACGAUCUUGUGAAUCUAGUGAAUGUAGCUAGGUUCAUCGUUGUUGACGGCACCAUCAUUACUCACGACGAGCUACCAUUGAACGGGUCGGCUCCUGUUGCCAAUGUCCAUACGCUGAUGGGUUAUAUGCGUGACGAUGGAGCUGCAUUUAUAGGCUACCCAACGACCACAAAUAUCACCCAAGCGCUAAUUGACCAAUACCUCCCUACGACCGUAGCAAAUAGCUCGCUUUUCGUUCCCCCUACGGGUCCCAAUGCGACACUUGACGUGUUUAACUUGACAGCAAGAGUAGCAACAGAUAUCGAAUUCCGCUGCUUGGACCAAGCAACUGCAUACUCUGCUUUGAAGCACGACUUGUUCGAGAGCAUCUGGUUCUAUCAAUUCAACAGGAGCUACCAGACCCCUGGGUUCUCGCCGAACUAUCCCGUCUGCGACGCGCCAAUUACUGCAGAGUACCCGUACGGCGACCCUUCCAUGGAAUAUUUCAAAUGCCACUCCGGGGAGCUCUACUUCGUCUUCGCCAACCUGGCCAGUUCUUUGCCGUACCGUGAUGAUGAGGACCUGCCUUUCUCACAGCAGAUGGUCGAUGUGUGGACGGCCUUUGUGCGUACGUACAACCCGAAUCCCGACCCUGCGUACCUACUGGUCCGUGGAUAUACCAGCCAGCUGGAGGCGCUCACAUCGCAGGACGAGUGGCUACCCGUCACGAAUGAAACGCUGACGACCACGCCGCUCAGGACACUUCAGUACCAGAGCUUUAUGACGGCAUUUGCGGAGCAGGAGCAGUGCGAGUUUGUGGGGUACCCGCUGGAUUACUUUGGAUGA